AUGCGGACAAAUCUUAAUAGUAACAAUAGUCAUUCAUCAUUUACUUCACAACAACCUCAAGUGUUUAUUCCUGAAAAUAUUUCCCAAAAUCAGCAACAACUUUCUGAGGAAGACAAUGAAUUAGAUAUUGGAGAAGUUUGUAGAUUGCUAGAUGAAAGUGCUGGACAGCGUAUUAGCGAUUUGGAACAGCCUAGGCGAAGGGAACGCCUUAGCAAUUUAACUAUGGAACAAAAAUUACUUAGGCGAAAACAGAAAAAUAGAAUUGCUGCACAAGCAGCGCGUGAUCGUAAAAAAGAAACGAAUAAACGCUUGGAGGAAUCAUUGAAACGUGCCAUUCAAGAGAUUAGCCGUUUACGCGGAGAAUUAAGAUUUCUUCAGGCACAGAACGCACAGCUUCUGGCCUCUCAAAAUGGUCAGAAUGAUGGAAGAAUUGUUCAAAAUAUUCCACAAGAAAAUAUUGUUCAGCACAAACCCCUUAUUUUUCCAAAACAAGAAAUUUUAAUGGCGACAGUUGAAGAUAAACAACAACAAUACCAAUAUAGUAAUACAAAUGUAAAAAAUUUUGGUGGAGAACAGCCACAAGUAAUGAAUCAACCUCUACCUAACUCUGUUGAUGUGAAAUCAUCCAUUGCCUCUCAUCAAUCAACUACCAACAACUCAUUGCAUCAGUCUUCACCUUCCCUCAAACUCAACAAUCUCUCACCUCUUAAUCGUGAUUCUCUAGGGUCUGCAGCAUCCUUUAACGCUCUCCUGCCGUGGGAACGGGAAUCUGUGCCAGAGGAGGGAAUGAAGAAAACAGGGGAAGUUAUGGACAAAAUGCAAUCCAAGUUGAUGAAGAACAACAGAGGCAAAAUGCCACUAAUGGCCAGUGGUCGUCAACAGCAGAAUGCAGUCAGGAUAGCAUGCUUGAUCAAGGUGUUUACGGCACUCUGGUCGAUUGUAUGCGAGAAGAGGGAGACGGCGAAGACGUCCAAGGAUUGCAAAAUAUCUUCGACGAGCUUUUCGAAGGCAUAUAAACUUGAUUGUUCUAUAUUCAAAUUUUACUUUCAGAAAUGGACGUUCCAGUCGAUGUGGACCGCUUCUGCAACGAAGUCAUUGAAGAAGGCAUUGCUGCGCAGGAUGGUGUUGAUGGACAACGCCAAGCUUCUUCGUCUGUGCAACAGCCCCCAACGGCAGUUAGUGGCACAUUUGUUAAUGCGCACGCGAGAGACGUGCAAUUAUUCGGAGGAAUUCGACUUUGGCACAGAUAAACAGCAAUAUAUACAUGAACAGCAGCAUUUCUCUAUCGAGCGAGGAGGAGCUGAGCAGCACAGAGUCAGCGGACGAGGAAGAUUGUCACAUAGUUCCUCAGCAGCAUUAGCUGCAUUGAGUCCCCACAAUUAUUGCAGUCAACCAACGAUUGUUCAGACACCAACAUUUAACCAACAAACCCAUAAAAACUACCAAAAACACCACAAAAAUACCAACAAACAAAGCACAGGCACACAAAGUCAAUCACUAUACCAACAGCAUCAGUCAAUCUCAAGCAGCGAUUACAUUUCGGAUAACGGUUUACUCGGCGCCUUGCAUGAGGUGCCAAGCCCCUUCAAAGAAGAACAGUACCGUCAGCCGCAUUCUAUUGCUUCCUCAUUCUCUACUUUUUAUAACUGCUCUUCCAACAUUUUAGCUAACAAUACAUACUCCAAUUAUGAGAAAUAUCAAGACAUCAAUGAGGAGUGUUACGAAGAAAAUGUUGAGUCUCCAAUGUUGCCAUUGUGUCAGAAGAAUGGUUUAGGCAAUGGUGAUUUUGAAGAGUAUCAGCAAGAUCCUCACUCUUCAUUUGAUUAUGGUCUAGAACAACAACAAUGGAUGAUGGAUACAGUAGAUGAUGAGCAAGUUCUGAUAAAUGAUGGAGAUGAAAUGUUUUACCAAAAUCACCCAGAUACUUCUUUUUCUUCCACUAAUUUCCCCUUUUUGGUUGAUGGAUUAGAAGAUGAUUCAUCCUCUUUACAAUUAUAAGAAAUUUUUUUAUUUGUUCUUGGAUACCAUUAAAAAUCUUUUUAUGGAAGUUUAUUGAUAUAUAUUAAAUGAAUCUCGAAAUUUAAUAUGCAAAUUAAAGAUGGUAUCCCUGAACUGAUUUUGCAUUUUAUGUUUAGUUCUUUUAAAUACCCCGUAAAACCUGUGUUAUUAUGACAUCCUUUAAUAGCAAGUUCGGAAAAAUAUCUGGAAAAAUAGUGACUAUUAACAGGUAUUACGGUGUUUAUCAUGUAGUUUAGGUAUUUUUUGGUAUUUCG